AUGGUCCUGGGCUUCAACACCAAUGUCUCACCCACUGCGGGGAGAAUUGCCAAGGAGCGAGGCGUGAGGAUUGAGAACUUCAAAGUGAUCUAUGAGCUCUUCGAUACAGUGGUCGCCGCUCUGGAGGGCGAUCUGGAACAGGAGGAGAAACUGGUCGAAAAAGGCUCCGGCAUGGUCAAGGCGAUUUUCAACGGCCGUGACGGCAAGGUGGCCGGAUCCGAGAUCAUCGAGGGGAUGUUCACAGUUGGAAACCGGAUCCAUGCAUUCCGCAACAACAAGAAGGUCGGCGAGGGCGUGCUGAAGUCGAUUCGCCGAUUUAAGGAGGAGGUGAAGGAGAUUGAUGAAGGAAAUGAGUGCGGCCUGUCCAUCGAGGGUUUCGAAGACUGGGAGGAGGGCGAUGAGAUUCGGUGCUUCGACGUCAAGAUGAUCUCACCGAAGAUCGUCAACAAGAAGUGA